UCAGAGUUUCAGUACGAAUUGUCGUGUCAAGCGCACAGGAAGCGAUCGCAACCCGGAUCGGAUUGGAUCGGAUCGGAUCGGAUCGUAGGCCCCAUAUGUACUGUAUAAAUCGCAGACUUUUCGGUUAACUAUACAACGUCGAUCGCAUGCGGACAAACAAUUAAAUACAAGGUCAACGAAGCGCUAAAAGCCAAAAGAAGAGCCACGGGCGAAGUAAAUAAGCCAUUGAAAUGACGGCCAACACAGCGACGUCGGAGGAGAAUCUGCUGGGGAAGAGCGGCCAGACCGAGGAACCCUCCACGCCCACCUCGGAUGGCGAAGUGGAAGUGGGCGGUGCGGCCGCGGAGCUGAGCGAGAUCUUCUUCGUGGACAACAGCCGGCGCAAGCAGAGCAUCCGCAUCCAGGUGAAGCUCUGUCCGGAGGGAGUUUACCUGCGCCGCGAAACGGACGAGGACGACCACAUCAACGAGCAGCUCAUCCGGAUCGACGACAUCAUCGGCUCCCGCUACGGACCGCGACUGAAGAAGCGGGCCAGAGGCGGUCUCAACUCCUGCCGCAAUCCCAAUGUGCCGGGCCAGGAGGCGGAACCCGAACCGGAUAGCGACAACAGCGCCUACUUGUACAUCUAUGCCUAUCUGAAGAAGGAGAAACCCUUGCGCCGGGUGCAGACCCUCCGGAUUCUCCGCUUCCGCUCGAGCAACGAUUACGGUGUCAAUCUGCAGACCGCGGAGCUCUGGCACCACACGAUCCGCAGGCACAAGCAAGGCAGUGGCAGCACCUCCCCCGGCAACACAGGGAAGCAGCUGCUCAUCCUGCUGAACCCCAAGUCCGGAUCCGGGAAAGGCCGCGAGCUGUUCCAGAAGCAGGUGGCCCCGCUGCUGACGGAGGCGGAGACCCAGUACGACCUGCAGAUCACCACACAUCCCCAGUACGCCAAGGAGUUCGUGCGCACCCGGAAGGACCUGCUGGACCGCUACGCGGGCAUCGUGGUGGCCUCCGGCGACGGCCUCUUCUACGAGGUGCUCAACGGCAUCAUGGAGCGAAUGGACUGGCGGCGGGUGUGCCGCCAGCUGCCGCUCGGCAUCAUUCCCUGCGGAUCGGGCAACGGGCUGGCCAAGAGUGUGGCCCACCACUGCAACGAACCGUACGAACCGAAGCCCAUCCUCCACGCCACCCUGACCUGCAUCGCCGGCAAGAGCACACCGAUGGACGUGGUCAGGGUGGAGCUGGCGCCCCGGGACAAGCACUUUGUGAUGUACUCCUUCCUCUCGGUGGGAUGGGGUCUGAUCGCCGACAUCGACAUCGAAAGCGAGCGACUGCGCUCCAUUGGAGCACAAAGGUUCACACUCUGGGCCAUCAAAAGGCUGAUUACCCUGAGGACCUACAAGGGUCGAGUGUCCUACCUGCUGCCCGUAAGCAACGGCAAGGAUGAGGAGCCGCCCGUUGAGGCGGCCAAGGAGGCCAAGGAGGCCAGGGAGAGUUCAGCGGAGGAGCGACGACCCUCGUCAAUGCCAAUGAACACUGGUGAAUUUCGGGACUUGCCCGAGGAAGACGAGGACCUCGAUGCGGACCAGUUUGCGGAUGCCAUUUCCCUGGACAGAUCGGUGUACCGCCAGCAUGCGGACAGCUGGCACUCGGCCAUGUCCCGCAGGACGGCCUACUACUCGCUGGGAGGACCCAGUCUCCACUCGAAUCGCAGUCGGAUGAGCGUGAGCCAGCGGAUCGAGGCGGCCAACGCGGAGUUCGCCGAGAAGGUGCCCACGGGCACGAUUCCGGGACUGCAGGUGCCGCUGGCGGGCACCGAGGGAUGGGUCUGCGAGGAGGGGGACUUCGUUAUGGUCCACGCCGCCUACACCACGCACCUCUCCUCCGACGUCUUCUUCGCCCCGGAGUCGCGACUGGACGACGGACUCAUCUACCUGGUGAUCAUCCGGAGCGGCGUGAGUCGCCAUCAGCUGCUCAACUUCAUGCUGAGCCUGAACACGGGCACCCAUCUGCCCGUCGGCGAGGAUCCCUUCAUCAAGGUGGUCGCCUGCCGGGCGUUCCGCAUCGAGCCGAGCAGCUCCGACGGCAUCCUCGUGGUCGAUGGCGAACGGGUGGAGUACGGACCCAUCCAGGCGGAGGUUAUGCCGGGCCUGAUAAACGUGAUGACCACCAGUGGCCAGUAGAAGUGAUCGUGUAUGCAAUACACCCUGUACUUUCAGACAAAACAUCUGCUUCACAACGAGCUGCAUUCAGUGAAUGAUCAGUUUGUCAAGUGUUUAACCAUAGACAAUAUUAUUUUAUAAGCCUUUUUGUUUGACGAAUUAAAGAAUAGUGUUACAAGACCCUAAAAGAAGUUGUAACCCAAUGACUACUAAGUUAGGUGGCCGAAACUAUAAAUUGUUUGCAUUCAGUGAAUGUCCAGGUCUACAUUCAAAAGCUGCUCAAGAUCAAGAUAUAUUGUAAAUAUAAACUGAAUUAGUCUCCAUGGAAAGGUGUCUAUUGUGUUUAAGAGUUCGUGGACGAAAAAAUCGUACAAGAGAAAAAGAUUUUAUAAUAAGCAAAUGUUAAUUUCAUUUACAUUUGAUAUUAUUAACGAAAAUAUUGUGCAUAAGCCACCAACUAUUACAACUAUUUAGACUAAGAAAUCUAUUUUAUUAUAUAUUUAAUUAUAUAGAAUUUUAGGUAAUCUGGUUUUCUGACAUUAUUAUAGAGUGAAAUAAGAAAACAUUCUGUUACGCCUAUUAAAAAUAUUGGGUUAACCCAUUCUCAUAGGUUUGAAAGGCAAUCUAUGUAUAAUGUUUCCAUCCAUCCUUGUAUCAAAAGUUCACAUUAAGCACUUAAGUAGUCGGUUAAUAUGGUUUCUAUACAGUUUUUUUCUUCUAAUCGGUCGAUAGUGUUAAAUAUUUUUAGACUUAUACGUAGAAGAAUAAAACAAAUAAACGGAAUAUAAAAAUCCAAAGAUUACGGUGCUCAAAGUGCUAACGGUAUUCUGUUGCCGUGGAAACGAAUAUUUUUCAAGCGAAAUGAAGCUUUGCAAAUCCACAAACAUACAAUAAACGAGUCGAAUUCGCCUCGCCGUUCAUCCGGUUGCAUGCCGAUCUUUAUCGAUAUCAGCCCCCAAAGUGGGGCCUUGAGGGGCCUCCCAAGCACCUACACGAAGGCAAAUAGAAACGCACCUGGUCGAGGUUCAAGUGGGGACUUCAUAAUUGUGCUAAUACACACACCGAUUGACCAGAUUAACCCCUAAAAAACAGCUAGCAAGGGAUUUCGAUUACCCAACAAGAUGGAAAAUUAACACCUAAAAAGCACAUAUGUAUAUAGCGGACAUACAUGUAUAUACAUAAUUAAACAUCAAUUUAGCUUGCCAUAAUAACACAGCUUUUACAUAAUUUAUUACAGGCGAGAGUUAAACCUGAAAAAAAGUGUAAAAUAACAAUUUGUUUACAAAAAAUAACUAUCUUUCAAAUCCAGCAGUUACUAAGACUGUGAUCCACUAAUCAAAAGAGAUUUGCUGGAUAUACCUUUUAUUUAUAAUACUUCGGCACUUUUUUCCAGUAGAUUGUAAUUAACUAGCUUUUCUAUUUUAUUGGACACAUCAGUGGGGAUUAUCUUUGACAAGUUGAUCAAAUUAAACACAUUUAUAUAAAUGACAUUCGAGAAUGGAAAUAAAAUUGAAGAUUGGGCAAAGACUAAAAGGUAA